GCAGUUUCUCAACCUUUAGUCUCUUGUUGAUCUCUGUCUCUUACUCUUUAUGUUCCUGAUUCAUGAUGUUUGUUUGAAGCGAUCGACGAAGAACACCUAAAACCUAGAACACAGACUCCUCGUCAAACAACAUCAUCAAUGGUUGACGAUUUUCAAGACUUGGGUGAUAUGGGGGUUUCCAAAUUUUAGCACUUCGAGCUUUUUGAACUGAUUUGUUUAACUCACGGAUACGAGGAUGAACCAGUUGAUGAUGGUUAUGGAAUGAGAUGAAGAGGAGGUUGAAAUUAACAAUCUUGCUGCUGGUGGGGAUGUGGUUGUAUAAGGUGAAGAGAAAGAAGAAGUUGAACCAAUUCAAGAGAUAGGAAGAUGUCUUAGUUUAUGGCUAAGUAUGAACAUCAUCAAUUCAUUGUGUGACAGGUCAUGGGAUGUGAUUACAAGGAACUCCCCAUCACGAGAUCAUAUAACAACUUAUUACCGGGUCACAUACAUCUCACUAAAAGGGGUAUAAGUCUUUAUCUUCGUAUCUUUGAUCUAUUGAUUAAUUCUGUUAGUCUCAUUCUAUGCAUGCUAUACUAGAAUGAAUGAAGAUAUGAUGCAUGCUCCUUGAUGUACGUUUUAUAUGUUGUAAGUCUAAAAUCUCUAUAAUGUGAAGCUAAUCAAUCUUUAUAAUAAGAAGAGAGUUUGUAUCCAAUCCCGGAAAUGAUAUCAUUUGGGAUAAGCUUCCUUCAAAUUGUAAACUUUUUCACGAGAAGAGUUUAGACAUCAGGUUCAUUUCUUUCAGUCACCAGUUAACAAGCAGGAAGGAGAUCUGGUUUUAUUGCCGUAGCCGUCGAGACCAAGCAGUGAUGUUAUGGAUGUUCACCAUGGAGCAAGACUCCGGGAAGAAUAAGAAGGAAGAUGGAGUGUAUCUGUUGGUGUUGAAACUGAAGAAACAGGGAGGAAGUAAACUCUGCUGCCAUACAAAUUCAAAGUGAAAGAGGAGAUCAAAGAAGGGAUAACUAGUCUGCAAAGGAUUAAGAUGAAUUGGGGUUUAUCUAUAUUUCAUAUCUGUAGGGAAGGAGACACAAUUGUCUUUUAAACCGACAGCAUGCUCAUGUUUCCUUCAUCACCAGAAAAUGCACACUUGGUGCCUGUAGAAAUGCCUGAAAGACGUUUCUUCACAACUCAGAGUGGCUCGAGCGUAUGGUUUGUUGGCUCGAGUUCAGAGCUGGAUUGAGCUCGAUUUAGAGCUGAUUUUAGGUGUUGAACUGGAAUUGUAUGGGCAUCAGAAGUGGUUAAAUUUGUGGUGAUUUGGCUGAGUUCUGGCAGUAGCAUAAAAAGAAGGAAUGAGUAGUUGUUGGACUGAGAUGGGCAUUAACAAGGAUUUUGGGUGAUGUUAGAAAUCAAAGAAGACAGAGAAGAACCUGAUGUUGUUGUUGCUAUAACUGACGUGCCAUAAAACUGCAAGAUGGACACAGUUGAAGCCAUAAGUAAAACACUUGUGGUACAAUGGCAAAGAUUUCCUCUAGUCAGAAUCCAAAUGGCACCUAUUUUUCGUUCCAUUUCCACUCAGAUAUGCUGGAGACCUCUAAGAUAAUUGAUUAUUUUACAUGGUGUCGAUGGUUCUCAUCUACAUGCAUAUAUAUUCAUGGGACCAAGAUACUACCAGAAGCUGAAGCACAUGGCACAUUGUUCAGAAGAUCUUAAAUUAAAAGUUGGUUAUGAUUCAGCGGUGCGACUUGGCUGGGCAUCUCUUUGGGUAAAUGUUCCUUACUCUCAUUUCUCAGUAUCACCUAUCUUACUCUCAGAUAUGAUAAUCUCCCACCCGUAGGGAAGAACAGAAAGAGAGGAAAACAAAAUUGCAGCAGAAAUCAAGAAGCUUCGAUUGAAAUAUUAAGAUCUUCACAAACUGCAGAUUUGGUGUGUUUCUUGCUGUCACCUACGUACUGUAUCAAUCAGUUGAAGAAGACAUCUAUAUGGGAGGUGCAGAAAUUGUUUAAGGGAAUUUUCUGGUAAAGCCCUAUGAUAAUUCGGUUUGGUUCAAGCUGUGGUUUUUCAUCUUCUACAUUUUAUCCUAUUCCAGGCUGUAGCUGAGAGUUUACUGAGGGGGUCCAUGGUACCAGUGAUUGGGUAAGUGAUACACUUAUUCAAGUCCCUAUUUUUUUAGGUAAUAUAUGAAGUGACUUGUGUGUCCGAAUAUGUAAUUUCUUCCACCGCCAAAAUCUUGCAUGAUUUAUGUCCAUUUUUUGUUUUAGAAUGAAGCUGUUCUGUUCGCUUUUAUAGUUACUGAUUCUUAGAUUAUGUGUGUCGUAUUGUGAAACCUAAAUUGGGCUGCUUGUAAAAAUUUUCGGAGUUUGAAAAAUAUCGCCAAGAUGAUCAGUUCAGUUCUGGAAACAGACUAGCUCAACUACUGAGCUUCACUCAUCAGAAGUCCCAACACUUACUCGAGUCUCAUUGGUCUCUAGUAUCUUUCAGGUUCUUCAUCAUCUUGGUCGUAUUUACAAGACGAGAAUUCAGCAUCCUCGUGUGACCAUCCUCUCAAAGCCACAAUAAUCUGCUGCAUUCUGAUUACUCACUGGAACUGGGGUAUUGCAUGAUAAAUUGGGGGAUAUCAGUUUUGACUAGGUCAACGAAGACUUGACCUUCUUUUGGUUGCAAAAACUUUAGCAACGACGUAAAUAUGUUGCUAAAUAUGAACCGGAACAACUACAUCAUGUUCUACUAAAAUAUAUCCAAGAAUAAAAUUAGCAACUAAGUAGCAACAGUUUAUUUCUGUUUUUAUAUUUUAAUUUCACAACAGCUUGUUUCUUGCUAAUGCCGUUGCUGACCGAAAUUAGCAACAGAGCUAGAGAUGUCGCGAAAACUGCUACAAUGUGUUUAGCGACGGCAAAAAUCUGUUGCAAGCCUGGUCAGCACCAGAUUUAAGCUGUUGCUAAACGUUAAAUUUGGUGUAGUGAGAUCUGGCUCAAACCUGGUUGACUUCCUUGACAACUCCUACACAAUCAGCUUUCGUCCAUGGGCUCCGGUGCAUGGCUCCAUAGUUCAAAUAGACACUUUUGCCUCUGUUCCGAAUACAUAUUUGCUUUCUGAAAAGAAUACGAGCAUUGGGGAGGUUGUGUUCAUGCGAAGUUGCACGCCUAGUUAUGUACCGUCUUUCUUUCGAGGAUCUUGUCAGGCAGUCUCUUACAACAAUGAUAGGGCGGUCGACAUAUGGGAUUUGACCAAGGGGUCCCGCUCUUUCGUCAGUUGGCUGUUCCAGAAAACUUGUUGCCAGCUGCUCUUGAUGCUAGUACUCUUGCGCCGGGACGAGUCCUUUCCAUUCAUGGAUUCGUGAAUGACAUAGUGAAGAAUACCUGUGGUAAGCCUUCUACUGCAACUUUAGCAAGACAUCCAUUAUUAAGGGAUCCUUCCUCUCUCAAACGGAAAUCUCCUAAUACGGACACAGACAGUCCCCGAAAGAAUGAGCGAAGGUCGAAAGAUCGCACGGGUGGUUUUCGAUCAGAUUCAAUGGCCCUUGUGACUUUCAGUUCUUCCAACGUUCGGGACGUAAACGCCUUUGCCCAGCUUGCACGUAGUCAGAAAACGGCGGCUCUCGCAGCAGAGAGUGGCAAUGCUGAGCCUCAGAGAAUGGCGGCUCUCGCGGAAGAGGAUGACAAUGCCAAGCCUUCUUGCGGUGAAGAAGAGCUCGAAAAUAAGGAAAGCUCGGAAUCUAGUGAUGAUGAAAAUAACUCUUCCAACAGCAGCGCUGAGUCUUCUUUUAGUCGGUCUGAAAGUGAAUCAGGAGAAACCGCACCUGAAGAUGGCCCUGAGGCGGAAAACCAUGCAAAUGCAGCUUUGUCUCCAACCGUGGAAGCUGCGCCUGGCGACCCGGAAAUGGAGGUCGAUCAAGAUAAAGAUGUUGUUGCGGCUCAAGUAGCGGAGAGUGCUCCAGCGACCGCUGGAGCUAUUUUAGUUAGGAAUCCCUUUCCAGUUGCCGGUUCGGAUGCGGGCGCCGUUUUCGCUCCUUCAUACUUAGUUCCUUAUAAAGAUCAUGUGUUGAUCGGCGGCUUCAGCGUGCCAGCCAAAUACGAGACGUUAUAUACCAAGAUAUGGGAAAGGUAUGGACACAUCGCCACAAACAAAAAAUUACUGAUCGGUUUGUGCUGGUCAAGCGUGUGGAGGAAGCUUUAUUUUCGAUUGACGACAUGUGCAAAGUGACUGUCCAUCGUGAUGUGUGCGUAGACCACAUGUUCAACGUUCCCUGGUUUGUUGAAGGUUUCUCUGAGAUCGAAAAGUUUCAGACCACGGCGGCUGAAGGCCCUUCCACGGAUGAGGUCGCGCAGCAGGAGGCGGACAUCAAAAGGUUAUCCACGGAGCUGAAGCUGAAA